AUGAAAAGACAUCUGCUUCUUUCAUCUUUGCGUAAUACUUUCUGGCCGUCUCGGAAAGUUAAUGUGAAUCAUCUAAACGGUGAGUUUGUUUUAUUAUUCCCCAGGCGCCACAUUCGCGUUAAUGCGAUUCGUCGGGAUGCAGUACCGCCGCUUCGCUAUCCAAAUAGCGUUAAAAACGAUAAAGAAGUUGUCGAAAAGGGUUCUUCCUCUUCUUUAUUGCCUUUUUUUGAAGUGAAUAAUACUUCCAAUGUUGAGAAAUCUUAUUUGGAGCUAAUCGAUGAGCAGCGAAUAGCAUUUUGCGAUGCUUUCGAUGCCCUUUUAGAAAAUCGCCAGGCAUCAUAUCGCGAUCAAGUGGUGAUUGAUAUCCUUAAAAAAUAUCGCACAGAAAUGAGGCGUUUGCUUUUAUAUCUCGACAAAGAAACAUACUCGCGGGAGUUAAAUGACCUGCUUUCGAGUAAAUCCUUGACAGAUGAAAAAGAAUGCGCGUUAAAUGGACGCGUUAUUUCCUUACUACGAGACGCUUGGUUACGAAGAAAUCAUGGAGGUAUUGACAUGCACGAUGAGCAGAAGGCAAUUUAUCGUUUUUAUAGCCUUCUUAUUUGUAGUGAAUUUGUAAAAAGCAAUACAGAUGUGAAGGUUAUUCUAGAUGAAAUGUCAACGAAGGAUGGACUUCUUCCAAAUCAUGAGAUUUACGAAUCCAUUAUUCGUUCGCUUAUAAUGUUAAAUGUUAACGUGUUAGAAGGAGUUGAAGAGAAUAAACCGAAGCAAUAUGUCCUUGGGCAGCCCUGCAUCUUGGAUCGCGCGGCAUCGGGGGAUCUUGCAGGACGCUAUAUGGGACAUGCCCUCGCGCAACUCUCCAACAAAAACUCAACCCCUUCACCUGGGAAACUUUUAAACGAAAAAGGCGGUGAGAAAUAUUUACCGCUUUGGGGUUGCUUUUUGGAGCUUUGUGCACUAACGGAUAUAGACCCCACGCUAAUGGAUCUUUGGUGGAAAAAGUUGUGCGAUUUCUGCGAUCAAAUGGUUAUUAUGCUUCCCGAACAUAUGAAAUCCCUUUCUGUGCAUUCUGAUGCAGCUCAUCCUGCGAAAUCAUCUUUAUUGGAGAGCCCUCCUGAGGGUAUUUUAAAGGCACCAUUACCAUAUCGCUGUGUUUACGCCGUACUCGCGUGGUGCGUUCGCAGCCACGACAUCGAGCGAUGCUUACGAUACUUUCACGAAGCCAACGCGAGAGGAUUAAUCUGCGAUUAUCCCAUCUCCAAGCAUCUUAAAGAAGGUGAUGAUCGCGGGUUCACCUCCUCAUUCUCAUCUUUACUACGUCAUCCAGGGAGUUUAACGACUAAAAGUACCAAUCCACUCAUCCAAAAACUUCAGCUCAACCUGCUCGUGAAGUUGAUGUCAACAGCGAAGUCAAUUCGGAUGGAUGGUGGGCUAAAAGCGAUCGUUGUCGACGAUGUCAAGCGAUUAAUUGAUUCUUCGGUUCUCUUUCGAUCCUCGUGGGGGGUUCUUAACGAUUUGGUGAGUGGAUUAUCCGUUCGGAGUGCGAUGCAACUCGUCAAGAUUUGCAGCAGCCUGCACGCGGCAGGGGAUUCGGCGGUGCCUUUUAACGUGUGGACCUCCCUCCUCCGCCGUUGUGCGCGGGAGUACCUCCUCGACGAGGCCGCCUCGCUUUUUCUUUUUAUCCGAAAGCAAUUUGCCCUAAGGAAGCCUGAAAAGCGUGAGUUGGUAGAAAUUAUGAUGCGGAUGUACGCGACGUUGCCAACGCCAGACUUCUCCUCUGUGAUUGAGAUCUUUUUCGAGCACGUCUUGAACACGCCAAAAGGUGAGCCUGCGGUGGCAGCGGACUGUGCGCUUUAUAAUUUACUCAUCAAAGCGGCGGACUCGCGGAAUGCGGCAAUGAUGAUCUUUCUAGAGGGAUGCGCGACGGGGGUCGGGAUGGAUGUGGAGACCUUUGAGAAUCUUCUCUCCUCUCAUUCCUUUAGCUCGGUGUCAUCUCUCAGCCGGAAGCUUCCGUAUGAUUACGUGAGCACGAAGCUCGAUACGCAGCUACGGAUCCCCGCAAAUGUUGAUGCUCACCUUCGCCGUGAGGAAGCACAGCGAGCGCGCGGAAAGGCGGUACACGAUUCCACUGGGGAUAGCAACUAA